AUAACAGUGUUGGCAUUAGUGAGCAAUGUAAUAAAAGUGAUCAACAAUCUCGGGAUUUGCAGAAACAACACAAUGCAGUUCAUCAAUAAAAGUUUUAUUUUAAUUGAAUGAGGCAGACAUAACGAUUUCAAUUAAUUUCUGACUAUAAUAAAGUUAUGGUGAAUGUGAAUUUAGUGUUGUUGAAGGCUCAUAAGAGCUUUUCCGUGUAAAACUGAUGCUAAUUUGACGUAAUUUGUGAUGAUGCCCACAUUGCCUAGCUUUAUCACAGUUCCUGAUUUUGUUCAAGAGACCCGAGAUGACUAUAAUUCACCCAUUACCUCUACUUUCGUGUCCAAAAUGCAGCAAUGUAGGAACACCAUUACAACAUUGGAAGAGACCUUGGAUUACGAUCGAGAUGGGUUGAUUAAAAUGAAAAAGGCCAUAAAGGCCAUACACACUUCAGGAAAUUGUCACGUGGAUAACGAAUCUUAUUUAGUGAAAGCCUUGGAAAAAAUUGGACAAAACGCCACUUUGAAAGAGCACGAAGAAAUAAUAGGGAACGCUUUCCUGAAAUUCGCCGUAGUGACACAAGAACUUUCAGCUUUGAUGAAGACCCUCAUGCAAAAUUUAAACAACAUCGUUAUGUUUCCUUUAGACAGUCUACUAAAAGGCGAUCUGAGGGGAGUAAAAGGAGACUUGAAAAGACCUUUUGAUAAAGCUUGGAAAGAUUAUGAAAAUAAAUAUGCGAAACUUGAAAAGGAAAAGAAACAGCAAGCCAAAGAUGCAGGGCUAAUUAGAUCAGAAGUUACGGCUCCGGAAAUAGCCGACGAAAUGGAAAAGGAAAGGCGUUUAUUUCAAUUACAAAUGUGCGAAUAUUUGAUAAAGUAUAAUGAAAUAAAAACGAAGAAGGGUAUUGAUCUUCUUCAAAGUCUUGUGGAAUAUUACCAUGCUCAAACAAACUAUUUUCAAGAUGGACUGAAGACAAUAGAACAUUUUGGUAAUUACGUAGCAGAUUUAAGCAUUAGGUUACAAAAAAUAAGACAGGCUCAAGACGAAGAAAAAAGAAAAUUAUGUGAUUUAAGAAAUUUAAUAAAGUCAACUCCUAGUAUCGAAAAAGAAGUAACAGUUGGCUCCCAAGUCGAUAAAGGUGCUGCAGGGUAUUCCUUACAUCAACUUCAAGGUGAUAAACACCACGGAGUAACAAGAACAGGAUAUCUGUUAAAAAAAUCCGAAGGAAAAAUGAGGAGAGUCUGGCAGAAAAGGAAAUGCAGGGUACAAGCUGAAGGCUAUUUAGAAAUUUGUCAUGCAGAUGAAAGUAAACCUCCAACUAGAGUCAAUCUUCUGACUUGUCAGAUUAAAAUUGUCCCUGAUGACAAACGAUGCUUCGACUUGAUUUCUUAUAAUAGGACUUACCAUUUUCAAGCAGAGGAUGACUCUGAUCAAAGGGCAUGGAUGUCGGUAUUAGUAAACUGUAAAGAAAUGGCUCUGAUGAAAGCUUUUGAUGAUAGCUCUAAGACUGGUAGUGAUAAAGUUAAUCAUAGUUUUAUGGAGCUUCAACAGGCUAUUAUAAAAUAUAUCCAAAAAAUACCAGGAAAUGAUAGAUGUUGUGACUGCAACUCUCAAAAUGAUGCAACGUGGUUAUCAACAAAUUUUGGAAUAAUAGUGUGUAUUGAAUGUUCCGGUAUCCACAGAGAUUUGGGAGUUCAUAUUAGUAGAAUACAAUCAUUAACUUUAGAUAAUGUUGGUACUAGUCAGUUAGUCCUUGCCAGAUUCAUGACAAAUAAUCUUUUUAACGAUAUUAUGGAGGAGCAACUAUCGCCUAAUGAAAAAUUGGAACCAUCGAGUUCGAUGGAGGAAAGACUUAAUUUUAUUAGAGCUAAAUAUGUCGAAAAAAGAUUCGCUAUAAAGCAUUGCGAAUCUGAAAGGGAGAAAUUGUUUGAACUGGAAGAAGCUGUUAAUAGAGGUGAUUUACAGCGGCUACUACAAGCUUUUGCUGAAAAUGUUGAUUUCGGAGCGCCACUACCAACUUCAAAAAUUGGUGAAACAGCUUUACAUCGAGCAAUAUUGAAUGAAUCGGGUCGUACUCUUCACAUAGUAGAUUUCCUCAUCCAGAACAUGUCCAAUUCCUGUAUUGAUAAGGUUACAAACCCUCCAGUUAUACCAGAAAUGAGUGGUUCGAAUACUGCAUUACAUCUUUGCGCUUUGCACGACAAAGUUGAAUGCAUGAAAUUAUUGUUACGAAGUGGUGCUGAUACUUCACUUAAAAAUUCCCAUAAUAAAACUGCAAUGGACAUUGCUCAAGAAAUGGGAAACAACACAUGUCAAGAAUUGUUGCAAAAUGCUGCCAACAGGUUGAAAAAUUAUUUUGAUAAUAUCAAUAUUGAUUGGAACUUACUUCAUGAUGAUGGAUCUACUGAUUUUUCGGAUGAUGAAACUAUAAUUGAGGAUAGGAAUGGAUCCUUGACUCCAGAGAAGAAAAACCGUUCCAGGCCUCCCAGUUAUACAGGUGGGGAUUCUCCUAUAAUUUUACGUUCACGAUCAUCCACUUGUGAUAAUUUACAACUAGGAUCUAAUUCUAAUACUAUUAAUAGACAAAUGCCUCAUCCCUCCUCUACACAUUCUAAAAAAACAGCAGCUAUGGUGCAUAAUAGUUUGAAGAAAAGAGCAGCACCUCUACCACCACCGAACAGUUCAGUCCAGUAUGGUACAUUACCCAGUAGCCACAGUAGAACGCCCUCAGAUCCAAUAGCUCCUGGUUACCAUACACUAAGUCAUACUCACAAACGAUCACCUAGUAGUGAUAGCAGUUCCGGUAGAUCUGUGAUACCCAUAGUAAACAAACUAGUCAUGGCAGAUUGUAAAAAUUCUGAUAAAUUUGGUUCGGUACGAAGACCACAAAACCCUCCUCCGCCUGCACCUUAUCCCUCUUCAAGUAGAUUAUCAAAUGGAAGAUCUACUGAAAGUAUAUCUUCGAUGGUGUCAGAUAUUGAUGUUUCUUCUAUGAUGCAUAACCCUAUACCACCACCAAGAAGAAAACGCAAGUGUCGUGUGGAUAGUGUUACUGAAGAUAACGAUGUAUCUAGUCUGGCUUCCGAUUCACCUCCACAUAGAAUAUCGUCUAGUCCAAUAUCCACGAGUUCGUUGUGCUCCCCCCGAUCUAUACCAAGCGGUAGACUAUCGUAUGCAUCAAAUGGUAAUAGUGGAUUGCGUAGAUGUAAGGCCCUAUACGACUGCGCAGCCGAUAACGACGACGAACUUUCUUUCCAAGAAGGAGAAAUCAUCAUAGUCAUCAACGAACACACAGAUGAUGACAAUUGGAUGGAAGGAAUGGUGGAGAACGAGCCAGACAGAACGGGGAUGUUUCCCAUUAGUUUUGUCCAUAUGCUGCCAGACUAAUAAAUCUAUAUAAUCGAUAUUAAAAAAAAAGUAUUUAAUAUAUUUUUCAUGCAAAAGCUCUAAAGCGAGAGGAAUAUUAAAAAAAAAUAAAUAUGUUUGUCGUUUUUGGAAAGUAUUUUCCCUAAAAUGUUGAAGAAUGUUUAGUUUAACAAAGAAAGUUGAUUGUUUAGAAUAGGGGAAACUUUGACAAAUGUGGCAUUUGAUUGCGAUAAGCGAAGACACAGAACACCAUUCACAAAUUUAACCAAGUAUUGUUUAUUUAUUGUAAGUCUUAACGUUUUUCGAUCAUACAAAAAAUGUAAUAGAAUUUUUUUAAAAAUGGUUUUAUUUGUUAUAAAUACGUCUACUGAUUGAUUUGAUUUUUACUUUCUGUGUGCCACCAGGUUAGUGAAAAUAAAUGUUCUACUACAUAUUUUUUCAUCUUUACCAACUUUGAUUUAACCCGUAACUGGUGAGGUGAUUUUUUUAUUACGUCAAAUGGUGAGGUAGAACUUGGCAAACCCCGAAUAUAAAUGGCUCUUAUUCUUUAAAAAAUAAGAAAGACGUAUCUGGCAUCUGUUUUUUUUUGAUGAUUUUAUUCAUUAAAUUUAUUGAAUAUAUUCAAAAUUACCAUUAAAAAUAAAAACUAUGCGAUAAUAAGGAUUCAUUUUUCAACAUUGAAAAAUAUACAUUAAAAACAGUAUCUAACAAAAGCUCUAUUGCAGAAUUAGUCUCAUGCUCACAUUGUGUAUCAUCUAUAACAAUGCCACUAUUGGCGCCGCUUUUAUUUACGUGCCAUUUUUAAAAACGAGGUCAUCUGUCUUUAUUUAACGAGCCGAAGAUGUCGAAGCUAUAGUCCAAACAAAAAAACAAAGUCGAUAAAAAAAUCAUUGAGGUGGAGUUCACCAAACCAAAAAAAUCAUUAUUACCGCUAGAAUACCAACAAGGAACUGUUAUUCAGAAAGUUGCAGGUGUCUUUUUAUUUGGUGAGGUUUGGGAAACCCCCCACCUCACCAGUUCCGGGUUGAAGCUAGAGUGUCUUCAAUAAAUUUAUUAAAAAUAUAUUAUAAAAGAUAAUAUUCUCCAUGUAUGGAUUUACUGAAUGUAAAGCAUUUUUAAAAUAUGAAAUGCCUAAAUCCAUUUACCAAAUGAUACCAAGAAAUAAUAUUGUAUACUUUAUUUAAUUUUAUUUGUAAAUAUUUGUAUAUUUCUUUAUUAUUAUGUACAAGGUGGAGGUAGGAAACCAAAACAUGUAAAAUUGAAAAAAAAAAUUUUCAGUGUACACGUUUUGUUUUUUAUGUACCUCUCAUAACCUUCACAUUGAUUACCAUGCGCCAUACAUUUCAUAUUAUACAGGGAGAGGAUGAAAAUUAAUUAUCGCGAUUUUUUUUUAAAUGGAACAUGGAUAUUUGCUUGAGUUACUUUCGUAAACCACCAUGUGAGUAUAGUUUAUUUAGUUUAAAUUUGGUCUGCCAUAAUUUAAUAUUUUACCUAGUUAUUGUUUUAUAUUUUGUAUAUAUUAUUUUUUCUAAAUUAUUGAGACAACUUUGAUCCCUUCACUAUUUUUUCCCAAAUUGAACUGUUUUUAUGUAACAGCAUGUUUGUGUAAUUGUAUAGUUGUGUAGAAAUUAUUUUUCCUAAAAGUGUGUUAAAUGUUAUAGAAACCAAAGAAAUCUAUUGAUAUAUAAAAAAAUCCAGUGUAAAUACUGUUUCUUUAACCUGAUAGCUAUUUUUGAAAAUGAAAUAUGUGAAAUAUUUUUCUAAUGACAUCCCUAUUUUGGUUCAAAUAUAUAUAUAUAAAAGGCUGAUUAAUGCAUUUUUGGCUGUUCUUAAUCAAGGAAUGCUGUUUUAAUGAGUUGAUUUUUUUAUUAAAAAUUUAUCAUUUAUUAACAUUUUUUGUUUGUAGUUAUCUUAAUCUUAAUUAAUUUGAAAUUUAUAUUUUAUCAAUGGCCUGGAUAUCUUUAUCUGAGUAACCUGUUUCCAAAUAUUUGCCCUCCAAUCAUUUUAUUUCCACUUUCAUUAAAAUCUCUCUCGUUAUGUUCUUCUUUAUAUUGUGAACCAAUUAUUUACUAUCAUGAUUACACUAAUUUUCUCAUAAUUACAAUAUCUAGUCCUUCGAGCCGAAUUUGAACUUAUAGAAGGUCUUGGAGGAGCAGGCAGUGUAAUUGAGACUGCUUGUAGCAUAAGUAGUAAAAUACUACGAUCAAUAUGUUAUUUAUCAAGGGUCUGAAUAACUUUAUUUGAGAGUCCACCUGGCUGCUUCUAAAUAUUUGUACUCCAAUGAUUAUUUUUCCACUUUUAUGGAACUUUAUAUCAUUAUGUUCUUCUUUACAUUCUGAACACAUUAUUUACUAUUACUACUACACUUAUAUUCUCAAAGUUACAAUAUCUGGUCCUUCGAGCCGGAUUUGAACUUAUGUAAAGCUUCAUAGUAAAAAGUAGAUAGUUAGAAACAUUAUUAAUGAAUUUGGGAUACGUUAAUGAAUAGAUGGUGUAACUAUGAGUGUUGUAGUAGUAUGUACUGUGUUCAACUCAAUUUCAACUCUACUUUACUUUAAUAAAAAAAAUUUCAAUCAGUAGUUUGAAUAUUGAGGGCUAAAAAGUAACGAGACCCAUCUGUUGACGUUUUAAAAAUUUUGUUACUUUUUAUCGCAUUUUGUUUAACAUGUGAUAAGAAGAAGAAUCAGAUCACAUAAAGGCUCAAUAAAAUGGAAUAUAUAUAUAUAUAUAUAUAUAUAUAUAUAUAUAUAUAUAUAUAUAUAUAUACAUAUAUUUAUAUAUACAUAUAUUUAUAUAUACAUAUAUAAAUAUGAGUUCCAAUUAAUGGUAUUAGUUCAUUGUGAUUCAUAUUAUAACCAGGCUAGUUGGGCAAGGAAGUUUAUAGAUAAACUCCUGAUGUGUUUUAAUAUUAAUUCCACAGUAAUCGCAUGUUUUUAGCUGUUUCUUUUUAGUUUUGGGAAAAUUUUCCAGUAUUUUCUAAUUCCUCCGAGCUUUUAGAUUUAAUUUUGUCAAAAAGAUAUAUAUAAAAAUCUAUAGAUUAGUUUCACUUAUCGCUUUCAAGUUUGAAGUUUUAUAGUUGAUUGUUAAUAUUGUUUUUCCAUAUGUUAUAAAUAGUGAGAAUAUUAUUUUCCAACACCACCUUAGUAGAAAAACUCCCUAGAUACAUACCAUUAAUGGGGAUAAACACACAUUCCCAAAAAAUACCUCUAUCAUCCUUGACACAAAUAUUUCAUUCUAGAUUCCAACCAGUUUGUUGUUUAUCUGUAAAAUUAUAAGGUUUCACUUUACAGUGUUGCCUAUGUAUCUAUCUAACUGUUUUUGUUCAACGUUGUUAAAAGGAAUUCACAUUGGUCGUCUUUAUAAGACCUUCCUCAGAGAUGUUCAACAUACAGAGGGUUUACAGAAAUAUUAUGAGGCAUAUUCCUAAAGUAGCUCCGUUUUCAUGUAAAAAAAGAACCUGUACAUAUAUAGCCAAUAAAAUAUCUAACGAAAAAAAAUUCACAGCAGAAAAUUUUGUUCAAUAUUUAUGUACAAUUUUUAGGUAUUUAUUAAAACUUUAGACCCCCCAAUUACUUAUGUUUAUCAAUAUAACAUGGAAUCUCACGUUCUACGUGUAAUUAGAGUGGAAAAAUUUAGCAACAAAAUUUUUUUUUCGUCUAAUUUUUUGCCUUUUCUGAGAAAAUUUACCAUGGUGGUGGUAUGUUUUUACACUAUCGGGAAGUAGAGAUUUCAACUAUCAAAAAUCUCGCCGACUUUUUAAAAAAAGCUGAAAUUUGACGGGAGAAUUUUCGUUCGAAAAUUAAGGUGCUUUUUCGAUAGUAUGUCAAAUAACGUGAAAAAAUACUGAGUAAAUUACAGUGUAUAUGGGACAUAAAAAGGUAACUUUUCACAAAAUUUCGUGAAAAAAAAAUGUUUUUUGUAAAAGAUAAAAAUUACAAAAGAAAAACGGUUUCCUUAAUUUUUCACAUAAAUUUUUCAAUAGGUUUCAUCCUAUUUUUUAGUUUCAAAAAUUAUCGACAGAAAGGAGGGAAAUGGAUCUAGAAGCAUUUAUGGGGCGCAACCUCACAAGUGGUAUUUAGAUAUUUUAGCAUUAUUGAACCAUUCAGAUAUUUCGUUAAUAGAUGGUGUGUAUCUAGGGACUUUUGAUCCUAGAGUUUGAUAAAUAGAUCUGUUGUGAUCCGCUGUUAGUUUUCAAAAAACUUCUGAUGUACCUUUACUUCUAUAAUGUAAGUUUAUUAUUUGUAAUAUUUUGUGGAUAUUUUUGUUAAUAAUUCUCUUAUUGAAAAUAUAUAUUUUUAGCUGUUACUAACAUACCGUUCCUACACUUAUGACCUGAUUUUAAAAGUACUUUUAUUGUUAUUUUUUUAUUCACUGAAUUUCCACUUUAUUUAUUCUAGUUUUAAGUUCAUUGCAAUUAUUAACAUUAUAAUCGGCUGUCGAUUUUAUGCACAGCGUUUAAGAACAGCCACGGAUGAUUUAAAUCUGCGUUUUCAAAAGUCAACUUUUAAUAAUCGGCUGUUCCCAUUACCAAUUUUCAAGACUUAUAUAUUAAUUUAUUGAAUUCAUCUAUUUUUAAACCUAUUUAUUUUAUAUAUAUAUAUAUAUAUAUAUAUAUAUAUAUAUGAAAAAAUUUGUUCGCACUAAUUAUAAUUUGAAAAAAAAAUAAUAUAACGUACCAAAGCUUCGAUUUUUGCAUUUUUCACUGUAAAAUUAUUUGGAUUAACUACUACAAAAUUGGAUGAUGUAUUACUUAUAUUUAUAAUAUAUUAUAUUGUUUGGACAUUCGAGCCGGAUAGAAACUUACAGAAGACUCAAAGAACCAGUGAAUGUUUUGAGUAUGUUCAAUAUGAUCAUCACCAACUGUUUCAACUUAUGUAAAAUUCUGUCCCAAAUGUAUAUUUCUUAAUAACUUGUUACUUUUUCAUUUUAUUUCCUCAGAAACGAGACUGGAGCUUUUAUUUGUCAAGUAAUAUCAUUAAUAGCUUUAAUAACCUAACCUAAUAAACAGAUUUGUGUAUUUUUAUGCAUAUACGACUUUUUGGAAUUAAAAUUACAAAUAUAUUUCUACAUAAGACAUAUAGACACAUAAGAUAUAUAAACAUAAUGACAAUUUUAAUGUUUUUUCGAUCAAUCUUCAUGACAUAAACUGUUGUAAAAAAUGGUAAGGUUUUUAAGGUCCUGCAGGUCCCUGAGUUUUCUAGCUAUGAUAGGCACUACUACUACUACUGGCACUGCGGCCCUCAAAGAGCCUCGUCCAUCACAUUUCUCCAGUCAUUACGGUCAAACGUUCGGCGUCUCCAUCCCAACACAACUAGCUCCCGAAGAUCUUCUUCGACAUCUACAGCCAUCGUUUGCGCAGUUGCCGGUUCUCGGGCUUCGGCCGGUACGCUUUGCGCACCCCCCGCUCCUCAGGCAUACGCUCUAAGUGGCCUAGUUAUCUGAGCCUAUCCUUCACCGACUUUGAAAUAAUUUCUACUUGGGGGAAAAAUAGAAAAGAUGUUUCAUAUCAAACAAAUCAAAGUCUAAAUGAAUAAAUGCUCAAUUAACAAAAAAAAACGUCAAAAAUCGAUGGCGCGAACGUGUUAAUCCAAAUAAUUUCCACCUUCCUUUGCAGAAAUAUAGUAGACAGUUGUUGUAUUAACAAGAGUCAAAUAAAUGUUAUUAUUAUUCACCUGAUUUUAUUUGCAAUAAUUAGGCAAUCUAAGAAAAUAGCUGAUUUAUGUCAAAUUGGCUCGUGGGGUGAACAAUCGACUUCGUAGUAUGUACCCCUUUAGUUUUUCUCGUAGUGAGAGUUGUUUUUUUUUUGUUUCAUGGUGUUAAGAGGACUCCAUAGAUACUAUUUCAGUGAUAGAGAUAGAACUGCCGAGUAUUUUUUCAGUCAAGUAAUUCAUAAAAUUUAGAACAUUUGGUUUUUCUGAAGAUUGAUUUCCAUUGUUACAUUCAAGUGGGUACUUUUAAGGUUACAAAGUGAUGACUACGAAAAGUACCAGAGCAACCUUAAACCUUCAGGUGUCGUUAACCCCUUUUCAUUAAAUAAAAAAGGGUUUUAGUCGAAAAAAAAACAACUAAGCCACAUUUUCGGGGGAAAUAUCCCGCUUCUUCAGAUGCAUUCCACUAAGCGUUCAUAGCGCCUGAAAUACUCUUGGGCAUUCCACAUGAUCGUUGUGGUCGCGACUAGAACUUUACUCAUGACGUCAUGACGACCCUUGUCAAGAGGUGGGUCGAAGUGAGCGUUGAAGGAGUUUUCAAAACUUAGCAACGCAGAUUGCAAAAAUGAGAAUAUAUUUCAUUAUUUGAUGCGUUCUUUUGAACUAUUCUUGUGACGCACCACCAAAUAUUUUACUGUCGCCGCAAAAGUUAUUUUGAUUUUACUUUAAAUCUGUUAAGCACUCCAUUAAAAAAUUCAAUAACUUACAAAUUAUAACAUAAUUUCAAUCUUUCGUUUUAUUUUUUUCUGUUUUGUUAUUCGUCAAGAGUCAAAACACCUCGUAAUUCAUUCCACUUGGGUUUUCUACUAUAACGCUCUGGACUAAGUGGGACGGGAAAGAUCGUGGUCAUGAUUGGUGUGCUUAGAAGAAUGCACCUUUCAAGUACAAACUCUUUAUAAAUCCAACUUACGGCAAAAGCAUUUGUUUACCUCACGUCCGUUAUUUUUAAAUGAGCAUCAGCUGAUUUUGACCAUUUUUGAAUUAUUUUUUUUGAAAUCAUUUAAAAAUUUAAAUUUUCAUUUUGCAGUAUUAUCACUAGUAUCAGUGCACAAACAUGCUACUGGAAAAAUAUGGCUUUUGAUGUACGUAAAUUUUCUGUAAUUAUAGCCAGUUUACUGUAGAUAUUGUGAAGUAUUAAAACAGUUUAUUGAAUACUCAGUAAAUUUGAUUUUUCAAAA